AUGGGUGUUACUCGUUCCAACCACUCUCUAACAAAUCAGAAUAAUUUAUCAACUUUAACUCUAAAUUUACUUGACGAAAUCAUCUCUGUUUUCUCACUAAAUUGUAUUUCUCCAUGGAGUCACGAUGCUACUCAUGAAAAUAAUCUAGGCUUAAUUCCUUCAUCUCAAUUUGUUAACGUCUCAAGGCAAAUUGGACUCACAUAUACCCCUUCCGAGUCUAGGUCCAUUAAUAAGGAGCUUAAGCUAAAAGGCAUUGACUUUAUUGACGUGGAUACGUUUGUUCAGCUUGUAGAUAAUAAGAUUAGGCUCGAUAGUGACAUCAAAUCAAAAGUCCCUGAAUUUACUUCUGUUGAGGACUUUUUGGGCCCCAAACUGGAUGAAUGUUAUACAAUUUUAGACUGGCAAAAAUCUGGUAAACUUCCCUCUUCUGAUCUAAAACAUAUGCUUUCGUGCUUUGACAACGGUCAAUUUGACUCCUCCAAGCUUAACACAUUAUUUAAAAGUGCUGGUCUCACCAGCAAAAGGAUUAUUAGCAAGGAUGACUUCAGGCGUAUGUUCAUGCCCAUCAGUGAUACUUCAUUUUUCUCAGUCAGACUUUUCGAUGAAACUAAAUCAUCUUAA